UUCUGGUAAACGAGAACGUUGGCAGUUACCGUGGAUCUGAAAGAUUUCAUCUCCUGCUGCAGUUCGAAUUGAGCGCCGACAGUAAAUGUAUCCGCACAAACAAUUUGAAAGAGAAGAGCGCAAAACUACAACAAAAUGAGCAACAAGUUCCUUUUCGCCUUUUAUUUUAUUUUACAUGUAGAAAGUUUGCAAGGGAAAACUGUCAAUCAGAAACCACUACGACUAAAGCCCCUCACCAAAUGCACGUACGAUUACGAAGUUACUGUUUACACCGCUCGAGGAGAAAAGUCCACCCAUAGUGAUGGUUACCAAGUUCACGCUUUGGUCGACUUAACACCAGCUUCAUAUGACCUCAAUGGGAGACAGCACUCGUACCUGAUCAAGCUCGACGUGCGGGAACCCCGCGUAAAACGUGUACAUCGAGGGCGUGUUCCUGCUAGCCACCCUGUCAACGAAGAGUUUGAAGAGCAGCUCUCAAAGCCAUUUUACUUCCAGCAGGAAGAUCAUGGUCCCAUUAAUGGCGUCUUUUUUCCAAAGAAGUCUGAGUCACCUGAAAUUGCAGCCUUCAAGAAAGGUAUUGCAGGCGCAUUUCAGCUUAAUCUAAAAGAAGUGUAUAGAUCCAACAUCUAUGAAGUGCAAGAACACGAUGAUUCUGGAAUCUUUCGAACAAAGUACAGGGUUAUUUCAGCCAACGAUACACACGCUCAUCUUCAUCGCUCCUGGACGAACCAAGAUUAUCAAGUAUUUGCAGACGGUACCCCGGACAAAGCACACAGGGUGCAGUCUCAACACAACACGCAUAUUCAUGUGAAAGACGGAAAGGUAGAAAGAGUUCGCCGAACUAAUAAAGCUUUUUUUAGACCUUCCAAUGGUCAUCCUAGAGCAGACAAUUUCGAGGGUUUUAAAGGCCAGGAGCAAGACAUUGAAAUGUCCACAAAGGGAUUUAGCAAACUGACGUUAAGAUCUUGUCUAGGACCUGAACACCAUCGUUCCAAACGCUCGGCAUCAGAGGAACCGCAUGUGAAGAUAGCUCGUACUCUCAACAAAGACAAUCUUUUGUUUACUGAUACUGGGAAGAUAAACUGGUCCAAGAUCGGUGGAGAGAAGAAAAAGUCGAGACCUUUCUAUGAAGUGUUGCGCUGUUUCACCGACAAAAGCAUGAAGGAGCGUCAAAUUGCUGAUUGCUCUAAUGAGAUGCAUCGCAUGGUUCGCGAGGACAAAGAAACUUUCCGAAUAAUUAACAGACUUGUUCGGGAACGGAGUCACCAAAACAUCACGUCGUGGGCAAUAUAUAUAGCAACGCUUGCCGGACACGGAAACUAUCACGCCCAAAACACUUUGGCGGAAGCCGUUAAGGAAAAUUACCCUCGAAUCCUAAGCAAAGAAGAAUACGAAACACUUCUGAUUGGAAUAUUCUACUUACCAGAAGGUCCACUUCACUCACAACUUUUCGAUGCCUUAUUGAAUCUUGCAUUAAGAGAAGAGAAAGGAGACGAAGUUACAUCAACGGCGAUGCUUGUCCUAGCCGGACUAGCUGAAAGAGCAAAGAGAUCGGGAUACAACGAGACUUUAUGUGACAGAGUCGCCGAGAUGAUCCACAGCAGGUACAAAAACAGAUCAACACUGUUUCAUACCGACAGCUUGGACUACGAAACACAGCUGAGAGACCACAUCUGGGCCUUUGGAAAUCUUGGUCAUCCUUCCGGACUUCCCGUCAUCUUGAGACAUAUUAAUCACGAGAAUUCUGGUAUUCGAUCAGCGGUGAUCUCAGCGAUGCGAAAACUUCCUAUGGAAGACACGAAUCAACACUUGAUGCAAGCGCUAUACGUUGAUGAACAUCCUGAAGUAAAAGCUGCAGUUGUUGAUAUUUUGGUUGAGCGUCGCCACAAUUUAAGCGAUUCAGUGGUACAGGGGCUGGAACGUGCGUUAUGGCAAGCCGCAGAAGGUGAGACUCUGGAUUCUUCGAUUAUUCAACUUAUUGAAAACCACGGGGAUCACCCUAAAGCAGUUCAUUUAAGGAAAAGACGAAGAGAAAUUCAUCGCCAAAAACGUGCUCUCUUCCAAUUCCUUCGUCCAAGAGAGUUUGCUCUUGGCCCUUCAAAGCGAUGGUUGAAGACCUAUGGUGGUGAGUGGCUGGGAGCCGAAUCAGUCAUACAGUUCAUUAAUCAAGUAAAGCUAAGAAUUGGCAUUUUUGGUGGAAAAUUUGAGGUGAAUCUUGACAACCAAGCUUAUAUUCAAGCUCACAUUCUCAAGUUUGGAUUUGAUGUCGUGCGAGGUAAAGCUACUUUCAAGGCUUCUGCCAGUUUCAAGAAUGAUUUCCCGAAAGACCUCAUCCACGUCAUUGCUGAUACUGGCGACAGUCUCCUUAGGCAGUUUGAUAGUAUUACGAGCGUGAUUGCUGAACAGAUAAACCAGUUUAUCAGCAAGCUUGCUGGUUAUUUACCGUUGCAAAUAGACAAAUUUAUAGAGUUCGUCAGCAAGCUCGUUCAAUUUGUGCAGAACCUGGUGCAGCCUUUACGACCGAUUAAUCUGAUCGGAAAAAUCAUAAAGUUUACCAAAGAUGUUCUAAGCCGCCUUAAGGACUGGAAGUGGCUAAGAGACAUGAUAAAGAAAAUACAGCAAAGUCUCGGAAGGCUGACUGCCAUAGACUACGUUUUUCAAAAAGUUAUUUCAUCUCUGGACAACAUCCUCAGCAUUCUGGGUAAAAUAACCAACUAUUUGCCUCAUAAACUGCCGGAAAAUUUCAAUAUCAAGACACUCCUGGACAUUCUUCGCUCGGUCUCUGUCGACCUGCAUUUUGAAAAAAUCAAAGAGUAUUUCAAUUCCUUAGGGAUGUCUGUUCCUGGCGGUUUCAAUUUCCAGCUUCCGUUCAAGUUCUCCAUCCACCUUUCGCUUCCUCUGGAAACACUUCAGCAAACUUCCUUAAAUCUUUUACAGUUUGCCAAUCGUUUCCUGGAUAUGUCUUCUUUGCUUGAUUUUCUCCAAAGCAUUAGAUUCCCAAGAUUACAGUUACCAGACAUGAACCGACGAUUCCCUUCUUUUAAUUUGAGUGGUUUUAACUUUGGUCUGCGUUUUGAUUGGCGAAUCAGCCUCAAGUUCAAGCUCAAUCUGAAAUCAAUGGGCUUCCAGAACUUUAUCACUAUUUUAGAGAAACUUGGAGCCUUUCUAGUACAGUUCAAACUCUCCGGUUUUGAUCUCGAAAAGUUUUUUGAAGAAAUAUUGCCUGGCAAGAACUUCGAUCUUGGAACACUUUUUAAAGAAAUUUUGGGCGGAAACUCCAACUCGAAUUCUUCAAAUUCGGCUGCAGCUCUGCAAGAAUUCCUAGAGAGUCUUUUUGAACUACUUGACGUUCAAUAUGGAAAUGUGUUAGCAAUAGCUGACAUCACAGAUUUCUUUCAGGAGCUUGGGCCGGCAGUGGAGCAGUUCACGAAGAGAAACGUGCAGCGUAUAUGUGGAGUGUAUAAAUUGGCUUUGAAUUCAUCACAGGAAUUUAGAGAGUUUGGAGUAAACGUUGAGCAGAAAGGAAUUCAGGUGCUUCGGCUAGUGGAGAAUACCACCCAGAGUGCACUAACGGAACUACUAAACUUUACUGUCCUUGUAGAUUCUCUAAUAGACGAAAUUCAGCGCAACUUUACCACAGCUGCAAAAGGAUUCGUUUUAGACUCGCUGCAAGAGCUCACAGGCAAACUGAAAGAUAUUCGGAAUCUUGCAGAUGAUAUAGUGGACUUUGCCAACGGGACAGCCUCACAAGUCAAUGGUGCAUGCACCAAAGCUACAAAUUUCUCCGCUGACAUAAUAGAUAAAGUACAAGAAAACGCUCGUGAAGCACUCAUGGAGUUAGGAUCGUUCAUUGGACCUGUCGCCACUAACAUAAAGGCGGUUGGAGGACAAUUAAAAUCCGCCGUGUCUAAUAUCGAGACGUGGCAUGCAGAGAAUAUGGCAGCUCGUGUCGGGAAGAUUUCUCGCGUUGCCCAGAUAAUAUCAGAUUUCCUUUCAAUUCUUAAUACAAAGAAAGGGUUUCUCAAAUCCGUCCGUGAAAUAGCUAUGAAAAUCAACGAGGCCCUAGCGCAUCUCCGGAAUCUUCCAGAGUACGCGACUAAAGCAAGGAAAACAGUAGAUGAUAUACUUAACUUUGCAGACAGAGCUCAAGACUACGAAAAAGAGAUCAAGAAGCUUGAUAUCAGAAAGCAGUUUGGACUUGACUUUGAUCAGCGAAUAAGAGAUGUCUGCAACAAGUUUAAGACCAUCGCUGCUGAGACGCUCGAUAAGUUUGGAAACUAUGACAUUGUCAAAGAAGUUGAUACGUUUUUCAACAAAGAGGCUGAUAAGCUCAUCAGCAAAGCCAUGUCAAAGUUUCUUAUAAUUAAAGAACCGAUUGACGAGAUGCAAGACGAAUUACGAAAUAUCAAAGCCAUGGUACGUGAAGUGAUGGGUGUCUUAAUUGAGCUUAAGCCUUUCACCAACAAUUUUUCGCCUAUUCUAGAGACGGCAGGUAAACUACCCGACUGCAAGCAGAUCAAGAAAAUACUCGUAGAGAGCACCAAACCAUGCGUCCGCAAAGCUUUUGGGGUUGGGAGAUACGUCAUCGAUCAGUAUAAGGACUUCAAGAAGGAAGUGAGAGUUCUAUAUGACAUGGUUCCGGCUACAUGGAAGAACUUCAAAAUACAGAAGUGUAUCAAGGGUGGAGGUUGCAUUUCCGAAGCUUUUAUCGAUCAAGCUAGAACCAUCAAAGAUAAGGUUGAUGUGCUUAAAGAUAAGUUUAAAGAAGCGAGUGGAUACACUGACCUGCUUGAAACUUGCAAACAAGGAGUUGAUAACAUCACAGCUGUUAUCGACACGGUGAAACUAUUAGCGGAGCAAGUCCGGAAUUUCUCCCUUAAAGAUGAUGUUCAAAGAGUAAAGGCGGUUUUCCAAAAGAUCACUGGCCGAAAGGCUGAGAACAAAGAGGGGAGUGGCAUUCAAAAGCGCUUCGUAGGAGAAGUAAAAGGACGAAUCGAAAGAAUUGUGGACUAUAUACAGAAGGCAAGGGAAACUAAGAAGAAAAUGCAAGACUUUCUCGAAAACACAUUCAAAGCAAUGAGAAAUGUUUACGAUGAUGCUGUUCUAGAACAUAUCGAAGCCGUUGAAGAUGUGCGUUCCAAACUUAAACUAUCAUACGAACUGUGGAAAAAGACAAAGAAUAUCAACCACGUCCUGGGAGGACUAGGUACUGUUACCCAAGGUGCGUUACAAUAUGCUGAUAGCUUAAAAGGUGUAACAAGUUCAGUCUCGAGCCCAAUCAUCGACCUCUUAUCUGAAACAGGAGAACUCAGUGAUGUCGUGAAGCCCUUUCUUGACAAAUAUGCCACCAAAUUCACUGAUACUGUAACAAAAGUCAACAACUUUAUGGACAAGGUCACAGACUUUCUUAACAAGCUACAGCUGCGACAGAGAGGAUUAGACCCCAGGGCCUACAAACCGUGGGAACAAAUACCCUAUUGUUCGGAGGAAGUUUGUGUACGAUCAAUCCAACGAUCGUCAUCACUCUAUCUAAAGACCAUUUUCACUUGGAAGUUCCCACAUCUAGAUGACCUUUCCUCCAUGGACAAGAGUGGGCGUUGGCUGAUCCCAGGUUUGUUUGAUGACUAUAAAGUAGAGGGAAUUUCAAGGCUCUCCCAAAGCGAGGUUAUUUUGGGUAUGCAUGGAGUCUCUAGCAACAAAGGGAAAGCAUCACUUUUAGUGGUAACCAACUUUGGUUAUGGAGUUAAAAAGAUAAUUCAACUUGGUAGUCAAGGAAGCCCUCUGGUUGUAAAAAUAGGAGGAGUGGCUAUUGCUCGAGACUAUAUCUGGAUCAGUGACAGCGCGUCAAACAAAAUUUAUUCCGUAAAGAAAUCUAGUGUGACAAGUUCGUUCCGGUCACCAAAGCCAUCUUGGGUUGGUUUGUCCAAAUCUGCAUCAGUUGAAGGUACCGCAACCUCUCUUUCUUACGAUGAGCUAUUCAAUUUCCUGUGGGUAACAGACGGGAAAGGUGGAAAGGCCUACGGCUAUAAGCUAUCUGCUAAUGGGGAUCUGUCUCCUUCUGGCUUGACACCCGACAGAGUAAUCAUCAUCGGAGCAAACGCACAAGGCAUGGCUAUCGUCAGACAGUUCAGUACCGAGUAUGUUUGCAUCUCGAAAUGUGCCAUGAUUUCUGGUUUCCAAUGUAAGCUCGAGUUCCAUGACAUCAGUAAUGGUGAUGAGACUGGAGAAGCCACGCUCUCUAGAGUCGUCAGAACCCCUUCGGGCUUAGAGUCGGUCUGCAGAGUUGACAGUGAAGUAAUCGCAGUGGUGUUCUCAAGUGGUACUUAUGCUGAGAAAGAUAAUGUAGAGCUUAUAGGCGGAGACUUUGAAGAAAGAUAUUUCUAUCUCAGACUUCCGAUUUUGAAAAUGACUUUUGGAAUCCAAGAGAACUGCUUGUUCUUUUCGGUUAUGAAGGACUACAUUCUGCGACCGCGGAGGUUGGUUCCAUUCGGAGACAUGAUUUGCGGAACUACACGAAAGCGAAGCACCUCCCAAGAGCUAUUGGAGUCUGAUGUUUAUUCGGAGCAACUAGAAGAAGAUCAUAAGAGCAAUAGGAGAAUGCGCAGGCAAACCUCAGAUCUCGGAUCGUGUAUGACCUUGUUCCGUGGAAAUGUUCUUAGGGGAUAUCAGCAAUUCCUCCCUGAAUAUUCACAAAUCAUAGUUGUGUUUGGCAUACCAGUAAAACUGUUUGCUGGUGCUGGUGGCUAUUAUAGUGUAGACUUUCAAGGACAAGUUUGUUUAAAGGACAAGGUUUUUCGUCUUGGUCUCAUGCCCGGAGCUUGGAUCUCUGUCUACGCUGGUGCCGCUUUAUCACUCUUUGUUGUAGAAGCUGGAAUUACAAUUGAGGCAAGACUUUUGGAGACCCACUUAAUACCAGACCUGUUUAUCAAGAUUGAUAAGUGGCCAUUGAAAGCGUGCAUCGAGCUAAAGAUGCGAAUGACACCGCUUCGCAUAAGAGUCUGGCUUUGGUAUAGAUUCCGUCUCUGCUUCCGGUUAAGGUGCUGGUUAUUUGGCUGUAGUAUAAACAACGGAUGGUGUGGAAAAAAUACCAUCUGGGAGUGGUGGUGGUCAGCGAGAAUGAUUGACCAGACGCUCUUUACAAAUUGUCACCAAGAUGUUGACACGACGCCACCUAUCGCUGGGGAAUGUACGGCAAGGCAAGCUGCUGACAAAAUAUAUUUCGUACAGUGGCAUGGAUUCUCCGAAGAUACUAAAAUCAGCAACUACCACGUUAGGAUAGGAUCCAUUCAGGGUUCUGGCGAUGACUACUCUGCAUGGGUGGGAACAUCUUUAAGCAUAGUUGUCAAUGAUCUUCCAAUAAUGCACGGAAGAGAUGUGUAUGUCAGCGUAUUGGCGACAAAUGACGUGGGGCGUGAUAGUAAGUUGGUUAAAUGCCCUAAAUUUACGGCGAGACGUAAGAGUCCUCAGAUUCGGUAUGUCUACGAUGGUGUCAAUGAACGCCAAGAUGUGGAUUAUCAGUCAGAUACAUACACUUUAGGUAUGAAUUUUGCCUUUAGGAGCAAUAUAAAGAAUAUCGCAUACAUAAAAUGGGGAGUAUCGUCCUCUACCAACUGCACGUUUGACGAAGCUGAAGCAGAUAUCGUUCCCUUGACCACUCUCGGUGACUCAACUAUUAUCCAGACUUCUGGCCUGAAUUUGAAUCACGGAAAAAAAUAUUUCACACGCCUUUAUGCGAUGGAUUUGUUAGGAUUAAAAGCAGUCAUGUGCAGCGAUGGUAUCGUGAUUGACACAACUCCACCUUUUCCUGGACAUUUUCAAGAUGGUGCUGGUGAGAGCGAUGUGAUGUUUAUCCCAUCACUGAAGCGCAUCCGUGGUAAGUUCGACCCUUUCAAAGAUCCCGAGAGCCCUAUGGUGAGAUAUGAGUGGAGAAUUUUGAGAAAUAACACCAAUAAAGAUGUUACGUCAUUUGUGGAUAUUGCACUCACUCAACAGACACCCUUCAUGGAUGGCCUUUCUCUUGAGGCUGGUUUAGCUUACAAACUAGUACUCCGUGGAACAAACGCAGCAGGACUUCAAACGGUUAUUGAGACAAAUGGGUUUGUGCCAGAUAAUACACCACCGCAUUGCGAAGAGACUGCUAUUGACGUAACGAACGAUGAAGAUUUCUUUGAUGUCGACUUUGUUAGAAAAUUAAGCAGUAUUCAAGCAAAAUGGAAAUGUGUUGAUCGGGAAAGUGGCAUUCGUGCACAACUGGUGGGAGUUGGUACUUAUCCAGGAGGAGAUGACGUGAGAGCAUUUGAAGAUGUCAACUUUGUUACCCACAAAGUCAUCCCAGGUGGAAUGCUUUUUGCGAGUGUCUCUGAUGUCAACAUUCUUCCGCGAGUUAGAUAUCACGUCACCAUAAAGAUCAUAAAUGGAGCUCACCUUAAGAAAACUAUUUGGUCUGAUGGCAUUAUUAUUGACAAUACACCGCCCUCAGUCGCCUCACAAUACAUUAAAGACGGCGUAGAGGGGAAGGAUAAGAAUUACACCAGCGAAAGAUACACCUUCAGUGCGCACUGGGAACAAGCAUUUGCAGAUUCAGAGAGUGGCCUGAUUGAGUACCGCGUUGCUUUAGGGACUAGCCCUGGAUUCAAUGACGUUCAGAAUUUUAAGACAAUUGGCUACCAAACCGGAGUGACCAUUUCAGGUCUUUUCCUAAGCAGUGGUCAGCGUUAUUUUGUUACAGUUGUUGCCUGCAACGGGGUUGGUAUGUGUAUUAAUGGCAGUAGUAACGGAGCCAUUGUAGACUUUGUUCCUCCGCACACUGGAAAAGUGAUCACUGGAUCAACUGGUCCUCCGCUUUUGUACCAGUGGAUGACUAAAUCAGUAUGGGCAAGAUGGAAUUGGUGUUUAGUGGAUGAGAACAGAGUAUCUGGACCACUCGAUCCUAAUCAGUGUAGAAACGACAGCUUCUAUGAUGUACAUAGUGGCAUUGCGGGUUUCGCUAUUUCAGUGGCCUCUUUGAAGAAUGAUGACCUAUUAGCAGCGCUUAAGACGGCUGGACGGGUUAGGGUUACUGGGCGUAACAUUGACCUCGAAGAUGGAGUUUACUCAGUUGUAAUCGAGGCAAAAGAUAAAGCAGGUGUUGUUGCUCGUGGUUUAUCAAAUACAUUCAUCGUUGAUAGUACUCCCCCACUAGUUACGUAUGUUCAACACGGACAUUUCGGCGAAACACUGUCAGCUAUCAGGAAGUUACGCAUUACUUUCAGAGCUUACUUUGAAAUUGAGGAUGAUUUAUCAAAAGUUGCGAAGUACAAAGUGGGAGUAGGAAGUUAUCCUGGGACUGAUGACGUCAUGAAAUUUCAGUCAAUUCUAUUAAGUACACCAGCUUCUUCACUGCAAGUCAACUGGACAGCGUUAAACUCGUUUUCCGUGGAAAACAACCGACGUUAUUUCAUUACCAUUUGGGCCAUCAACAAUGCUGGACUGUUUAGCAUCAAAUCCUCGCCCCCUCUACUCUCUGACCAAGAACCCCCAAAGGGUGGAAUCGUCCUCGACGGAUGGGGCUCAGCUGAUGCCCAGUAUCAAAGCUACUUGACCCUUUUCCGUGCCCAUUGGUAUGGCUUUACUGACUUCUCUGGUGUUGAAACAGUACUAUUAGGUUUAUCGUGCAAGGCAGACUCAAUCAGCUGCGAUGUGAGAAAGGAAGAAAUUGUUCCAUCCAAUACCAAUUACUAUCUGUUAUUCGGGCUGAAUUUGACUUCUGGUCACAAAUACCACGCAUGUCUCAAGAUGAUAGACAGGGCUGGGAAUCAAGCGCUUUUCCAUUCUAAUGGUGUGAUUGUGGAUAGCACUCCUCCCCUUCCAGGCUUUGUGACCGAUGGAAGACCUGGAGCGGAAAUUGACCAACAAAUCGAGAGUUCAGUUCUUCGAGCUUCAUGGUUUAACUUUACUGAACAAGAAACAAGAAUAUUAACUUAUCAGCUGGCAUUCGGCACGUCUCCUGAAGCCCAAGAUGUGCAACAAUUUACAGAUGUAGGGCUCGUAAACACAGCUUCAAGCUCUAGAUUACAAAUUUCAGAGUUGGCAAGUGGCAGUCGUUAUUAUGCGACAGUGAUUGCACUCAAUCUGCUCGGUAUGCCCAGUAAGAUGGUUUCUUCCAGAGGUGUUUUGGUCGAUUUCACACCUCCCGUUUUCUCAAAGCCUGUUCUCGAUGGUGACAAUCCAAAUCAAGACUUAGGUUUCACCACUGGAGGUUCCUUGGCUGCCACAUGGACCUGCGAUGAUCCAGAAACAUCGUUAGCGUCCAUAGAGAUUGCUUUUGGGUUACAGCCUGGAGAGGUCGAUUUUAUGAACUUCACAAGCUUGCCGAUUCACAAAACAUCGUUUACAGUAGCGGGCAAUCUUCAACUGGGAUAUCGUUACUUUGCAACAGUAAAAUGCACAAACAAUGUGGGUCUUAGAGCCAUUGCUGUUUCAAAAGGCGUUGUCUUUGAUGACACUCCUCCAGAUUUAAUUUAUGUCCAAGAUGGGGAAUACCAAUACUCUACAAGAAACUUGACAGUAAAAUUCAAAUUUGCUGACGCGGAGAGUGGUGUAAAAGAAUAUGCAGUGAAAGUAUUCAGCUCAGUCGACGACGGUUACGGGUCCUUUAGUUUCAACGGCAAUGUUUCUAUAGCGGCUUUGAUUUUGGCCAAAGAUCUUGAUAGUGAGAGAAGGUAUUUUGUCAAUGUGACAGCAGUGAACGGUGUUGGGUUGGAAACUACCGUGAAAUCAGACGGAUUUACCGUUGAUAUUUCACCUCCAGUAUGCCUACAUGUAUGGGAUGGUCAGAGAGAUCUUCAGCAGGACUUAAAAUACGCUCCAAGCUCAAGCAAACUAAGUAUUUCGUGGGUGUGCUAUGAUAAUGAAUCUCCCAUACUUCGAUAUCGUUUCGCAGUUAAAAGCUUGCGCACAAGCGAAUACGUUAUUCCUUUUUAUGCUUUGAAGACACCCGUAAACUCCACAGGGUCUGUAAUAAUAACGGGAGGAGGUCAAAUUUCAACAGGAUUUCAAGAAGGGGAAACGUACGCCGGUGGUAUUGAGGUUCUUAACGCUGUCGGCCUGUCCUCAGUACAUUGGACGGAUGGUGUUAUCAUUGAUAGCUCCCCACCUGAAGUGAACGACUUGAAAUUAACAUAUGACCCAAAUAAUGAUUCUGUGAGCGCUUCAUGGGCUGCGAAGGAUGACCAAAGUGGACUCGAGUUUGUCGCAUGGGGAUUGGGAACUAAUCCAGAGAAUAACGACAUAAGAAACUUUUCAAAAGUGCCAAUAUCCAUGUCGACCGUUUUGAUUUCCGAUAUCCCUUCGUUAUUCGGUUCGACGUACUUCUUGCGGCUCCUUGCUGUAAAUAAAGCCGGCUUAUCUAGUGAGACGGCAUCAAAUGGCGUCGUAAUCGACAGAACCGCGCCGAACCCUGGCGUUGUGGUUGCUCAGUAUGUUUUUCCGAGCAAAUAUGAUCGGAACAAGAAUGAAGUACCAGGAUCAUUGAUGGUGGUAAGUUGGACAGGCUUUACAGAUCCUGAAAGUGGUAUUAGACAGACCAGCUGGGCCGUUGGUGAAGAUCUUCUCUCGCUUAAAUUAAGUAGCGGUAAUUUUUAUACCGAGAUAAUCGCAGACGACUCAGUGGGCGGAGUGGUAAUCAAUAAUCAAACUCUCGUCGAAAACAAGACUUACUUCGUCUGCAUUCGAGUCAGAAAUGGCGUUGGACUUCAAAGAACUGAUUGCUCGUCUGGAUUGUUUGUCAUACUUGGAAAGUUUUCUGCUGGGGUCGUGAGCGAUGGCCCAGUAAUUUCAGCGAAAGAUAUUGACUUCCAACUAGAUGACAAAGCAAUUUGGGCGCACUGGAGUGGCUUCAAGGAUCCAGCAUUUGGUAUCUUCAGGUAUGAUUGGUGCAUUAGGGAUCAACCGCCUAACCCCUCUGGUCCUGAUUUUUGUAAGUGGCCAUUCUUGGAGUCAUAUCAUCUGAAAACGUCCACUAACAACUUCCACAACCUGACACUCGAACAAGGCAAGAAAUACUAUGUCACAGUCAGAGCUGAGAAUAACAGAGGAGAGCAAGUCAGUGCUUCAUCGGAUGGUGUUGUCGUUGAUCGAACGCCUCCAGUAGGAAAGUCACUCCAAAUAUCCCCCACAACUGGAAAAGGAACUAUGUAUGUGAACACACCUUCUGCCCCUGUAGUCACGUGGUCCAUAGACGAUCUUGAAAGCGGUAUAAACCAUUUUCUUGUCGGAGUAGGUAGUUUCCAUUUCCAAGACAACUUGCUAGGUUUUAAACGUGUAGACAGCCUUAGUCGCUCCAUCGACUUGGACCAACUUAAUUUUACUCUACACCAAGGACUUGUGUUUCACGUAACAGUUAUUGGAGUCAACAUGCUUGGCCUGAAAACCACUCUGACAUCACAGCAAGUUGUAGUGGACUGGACGCCACCACAACCUGGUCUUGUAAUUGAUGGUAAUCUAACCUCCACGGGUAGCCAAGAAUUCUUCGACAUAGAUUAUCAGCGCGAAAAUGGGGUACUGUCUGCUCACUGGAAGGGAUUUCAAGAUACUGAGAGCAGUGUUGCUGAAUACAAUUGGUGUGUUGGAACGACGCAAGGAGCCUGUGACGUGCAUAACAUGACAUCUUCAAAUCCUCUAACAAGUGUGCAUCCUUCCAUUAUCCUAAAGGAAGGCCAACGGUACUUUUUUACAGUGGAAGCUAUCAAUGGUGUUGGCUUAAAAGAAACAGCUUACUCUGAUGGUGUAACACUGGAUGCCACUCCACCCAAUGUAGGGAAAGUUUUAGUUUUCUCCUCGUCUUUCCAUCGGUGUGAUGAUUAUGAUAAUUCUUCUUGCGAUAUUAAGCAACGUAGCAAUCGUUUGUUGUCGUUUUCCUGGGAAGCACCUUCUGAUGAGGAAAGUGGAAUUUGUUUUGUUGAGUGGUGCGCUAGCUCGAGAGCUAAAUCAUGUGAUAUAGUCUCGUGGUCAGCUGUAGAUACAAGUAUAACGUCGAUCGAGCACCCUCUUCCUCAGCCACUCGCAUCGGGAACUGUAGUAUUUAUUAGAUUAAAAGUUACAAAUUGCGUAGGAGUAGUAGCCACCGCCAUCUCUAAACCGCUGCUUAUUGAUAACACCGAGCCAACAGUUGGUGCCAUUAUAGUUGGAGACACGAUGAAAACUAAGUACCUGCGGAAAGACGACCCCAUAAUAGCAGAAUGGAGUGGAUUUGUUGAUCUUGAUAGUGGAUUAAGUCACUUUGAGUGGGCUGUAUGUCACGCGGGUACUACAAAAGACUGUAUCAUUCCAUUUGUUGAUGUUGGACUCAAAAAUAGCAUACAUAAUUCUGCUCUAGACAUCAAACCUGGAGUUUCCUAUGUUGUUAUGCUUCGAGCCCACAACAAUGUGGGGUUGUUCAGUGAGGCUGUGUCUAACCAGUUCAUACUCGACGUCGCGGCACCGAUUGCAGGCAACAUAUACGAUGGAUCGAGCGAGAGAAAUGACGCAGCGCUGCAGAUAUCAGAAAGUGAUGUCUCCGCUAAUUGGUCACCGUUUAUCGAUCCUAACAGCAGAAUAACCGAGUACGAGAUGUGUGUGGGAACAGCACAAGAGAAGUGCGACGUGAGUGCUUUUAUCAGUGUGGGAACCGCCCUCAAAGGUAUAAUCACAGGUUUAAGUUUGAAUCACACUGGAAAGUAUUUUGUCACCGUAAGAGCAACAAAUGAAGCUGGUUACAGCAACAUUGCGGCCUCUAAUGGAGUUAAAGUCGAUAGUACUCCCCCUGUUGGGGGCAAAGUAAGAGAUGGACAAACACUUGAAGACAUCGAUUUCCAAGAGAGCGGUGCGUUUAUUUAUGCUAACUGGGAUGUUUUUCAGGAUGUAGAGUCUGAGAUAAGCAGAUACACAUGGUGUGCUGGAACAAGAAAGGGAAGCUGUGAUAUCAUCCCUGUAACGGAUGUCGGUGACAGCACAAGCGCUGGCCAGCAGAUUUAUCCAUCCUUUGGGACCGAAAUGGGCGUGUUCGUAACAGUAAGCGCUUACAACGGCGCAGGAGCAGUUACAAAAGUGACUUCAGACGGCUUUGAAGUAGACGGCACUCCACCUGUCAUCGCAAAGGUGGUUGACUUACACCGGGGAUCAUAUUUUGUCGACAAAGACUAUAUCAGCGCCAGGGACGCUUAUUGCGUCAGUUGGGAAACAGAGGAUGCUGAAAGUAGUGUUUUAAAGAGCGAGGUCUCCAUUUGUUCCGCUAUCGACGUGAACAACUGUUUAGUAAAAAAUAUGGAUAUUGGAAACCGCACAUACAUAUGCAUUGCCGAUUUAGAAUUUCAUGAAGGAGUCAAGUAUGUAACAACGAUUCGUUCUACGAACACUGUUGGUAGAGCGAGCGAGUUGUCAUCGGAUGGCUUCGUGGUAGACUCGACUCCCCCAAUAGUGGGUGAAAUCAUGCACGUUGAAAAUCCUCCGGUAGGCGAAUCCCCUGAGGUGUUCACCGACUCGGAAAUAUCUGUAAAGUGGAGUGGAUUCUCAGACAUGGAAAGUGAGAUUGAGAAAUACUUUGUUUGUGUUGGUACCCAACCUGGGGAAUGCAAUAUAAUGAGCUUUGCUGACCUUGGGAACGCCACUAGUUGCAUUUUGCAAAACCAGAGACUCGUUCAUGGCGAAACGUAUUUUGUCUCUAUAAAGGCUGAGAACAAAGCUGGCCUUGUGAGCGUCAACGCGUCCUCUAGUGGAGUUACUGUUGACAAUACAGGUCCCACAUCUGAAGGACAAAUUUUAGAUGGAGCAAAAGAAGGUGAAGACAUUGACUUUCAAAAAAGCAGGACUUUCAUCGCAGCUCAUUGGAAUGAAUUUGCAGACCUCGAAAGUGACGUCAAAAGUAUCAGGUGGUGUGCUGGUUUGUCACCAGGUUCAUGCAAUCUUGUUCAAGAAACCGAACUUACUCCAUCGAGUACCUCCACACGUAAGGUUCUCAACAAACCCGUAAAGAACGGUGAGCGGUACUAUGUCACGGUGAACGCAGUUAACGGAGCAGGCGUUCAAACCUCAUACAUGUCAGAUGGAGUGACUGUUGAUGAGACUCCGCCAACUUCCGGGAUUGUGAUCUACGGAAAUGGCAUAGAGAGCAGUUAUGUAAAUGGAGAGGAAGAUAUUCGUGCACAUUGGAUUAACUUUGAAGACUUAGAGUCUGGCAUCGAGUCCUAUGAAAUAGCUUUGUGCGACGCCCGGAGCGUGUCCAUCUGUCCACAAUCUUUUACUGGAGUGGGAAAAGCUACCAAUGUUUCGAUAACAGGAGUAGACCUUGAAAGCGGCGGUCAGUACUUCGUCAUCGUUAGGGCCUUCAACUUUGCCGGUCUCUAUGCUCAAGCUUCCUCUGAUGGAUUCACGGUUGAUUUUACCCCACCCUUGACAGGCGAAGCAAGGAUUGGAACUGGACUCCAGCCAGCCAAAUACCAAUCAGAUUUGACGAAUUUGACUGUCAGGUGGGAUCAAUUUAUUGACCCCGAAAGUAGAAUAUCUCUAUAUAAAGUUUGUGUCACUACUGUCCCUGGGAAUUGUACAGUCACCAAAUACAUUGACGUGGGUAUGGAUGUCAGCUUCACUAUUCAUGAGUUAAAUCUACUUCAUGGCGAAUCAUAUUUUGCAAUUGUAAAAGGAACAAACCAUAUCGGAAUGUCCUCGGAGAUGGCAACAAACCAAAUAUUGAUCGAUUCAACGCCACCAGUUUUGAAAUAUCCCGACAACGGUCUGAUCAACACUACUAGAGAAAAUCCUACCGGAAACAUUUCUGUUCAUCAGGGGCUUCAGUUUCCAACCAAAACGACGAUUCAAGGCAGCGAUCACGUACGUUUCAAGUGCACUGAAGAAUUACUGACUGCUGACUGGGAUGAAUUUGAAGAUCCAGAGAGCCAGUUAGAGCGAUAUGACUGGUGUGUUGGAACAUCUCAAGCACAGUGUGAUGUAUUAACUUUAAGGUCCGUGGAAAAAAGAAGCAAUGGAGCAGAUAUAACAAAUAGAAUAUCUUCAGGGACGCUGCUUUUUGCAACAGUAUACGCCAUAAAUGGCGUAGGAUUGAAAGCUCGUUUGGUAUCUGAACACUGCAAGGUCAUAUCCGUUGCACCUAUGGUUGUGGAAGUUAUCGAUAUUCCCGCUUCGAACGGAACCACUCUCUCCGACAUUGACUGGAAAUCUAUGGCCCAAAGUUUGUCACUCAGAUGGGAGAUAUUUGGAAGAUAUUUUGAAGAUAUUUCACGUUUUCAUAUUCAGGUAGCUAUCACACAGCCUUCUUCGAACCUGUCUUUGCCGCAGAUUGACUCCGCGAAGUCCUGGCGUAGCGAACCGCUAGUACACGAUUUCAUGGACGUAUUGAAAUGGCAACGAAAUGUGACUCUUCAGGGCGUGACUUUAGAGCCAUGGGAACGUUACCGAGAAGUUGUGAGGGUCUGGAACGAAGGAGGUAUUUACAGUGAUUCUGCGAGUGAUGGACUGAGAAUCGAGCCUGCUGCUCCUCCAGAGCGUGGAUUAUUCCUCUCAGAUAAGGCAGCCAAACAAGAGCCCCAACGUUGGCUCCCAGAUCUAAGAUUGCCUACGGUUAACGAGAGUGCAUUAGACUCGGAGAUAAGAUAUAUAUCUUCCCCUGGAGAGGUGGAAUUGAUCGUGAGAAGUGGCUUAAAUGACUCCAGCAAUAGAACAGCUUUCAUUUUGGAUCACAAUCUUUUCAGUCCGACUAAGGAAUUUAAAAUUAUUGUUCAAAGAGUUGCAUCAGACACGAAUGAAACCAACACCACUGAGGAGUUGCGCGUAAUGGAAGUCUUCCCGGGUUUUGCCGAUCCCGAUGGUCCAUGUUGUACCAGGCGCCCGCUUGAUCCCCAAUCUCUCUUCAGUGACACUCAUUUUAAAACAACCAUGCCCUCUUAUCAUUUUGGUGUUUCUAUCGCAAGGCUACCAAACGAUCAUUUUGCUGUUGGUUCUGCAGAUAAGGCGUUUGUUUUGCCCCUUCGAAACAGGGCUGCCAGCCACAUAACAUUGCCAGAUUACAUUGUUGGUUUUCCGACAACACCCAUCACUGUGGUAUCUCACGGUAAUAGGUCCGUAUUCAUGGCCAAUGGUAAAGCCUAUAUUUUUCAAAGUGAAGUCAAUGACACCGGCGACCUUGACUUAACUAAGACUGCAAUUUUGGGAAAUUGUAGGACUGUAUCAAGCGAUAUGUGUGACGCAAGCAACAAGUGGGCCGAUAAUGUGAAACAUGUGAUAGCCAUCAAUCACAAUACGAUCGCUAUGACAGGAAUUAACUCAUCUACGAACACCAGUGUUGUGGCCCUUUUCCAGGAACGGGAUGGUAUGUGGAAGCUUGCGAAAGCUCUGGGAAAAGAAAACAAUCAUAAUAACUUCGGACUUUCCUUGUCUUUGAACAAGCGUAUCUUAGCUGUAGCGACAGGAGAAGGGAAGAAUUCUUGCAUCUCAGUGUACUCUGUUGAGAUGUUUACAUUGCUCAUGACAAUUCGCAUUUCUGAGCUCGGAAAAAUGACUACUCCUUUUUCACUUUUUCUUACGGAGACUGACGCGCUAAUAAUGGUAUCUGAGGACCACAAGUCUGUAGAUGUUUUACAGCUCAACAUCACAUCAAGUUCAUACAAAGAUGUAUGCGACUUUCAAAUCACACAAAACGAACAUCUUAGUGGACACCUCGAUGUCGAUGCUCGAGAUGGAGGUUACAUCAUCGCAUUGGGUAUGCAGACAUCAGAUGGCCGAGAGGGUGUGCUAUUGUUAGGUUUUCAUGGAAUCUUUACGGACAAUGAACUUAAAAAAUGUGCCAACCUAGGACGUGUGAUCGCACGAGAAAGUGGACCAAGAGUGGAUGAUGGAAUUCCUCGUACUUCCGUUUCCUUUAUCAACGAUACAGUUUUGUUUGGUGCCCCAGAUGUUAUCGCAUGGCCAGGACAAGGUGAAAAUUCAGGUACUGGAAGGAUUUAUAUAGCAACUUAUUGUCCUGCUGAUCAUGUUCGGGUCAGGGUAUCUCAGAUAAAGGACAUUGGGUCGGUGCGUUGCGUACCUUGCGAGACUGGACGGAAAUCAUUUGGCGGGUUCGCUGACAUGUGCAUGGAGUGUGAAGGAAUGUCAUGCUUAACACCUCAAAGUGACGAUCCUUUCAGUUUUAAAUCAAAUAUUUGUGACGCAGUUUCUUGUCAUUCUCAAUCGAUUUUGAAUGCAUCAACAAACGGCUUGAACUUCUCCUUCGCAAAAAGAUCAUUUUUCGUCCCUGGCCCGGAGAAUUUGUACACGGUGCAGUUGCUUGAAACAACACGAGCCGAUCUUUCAACAACUUCUCUCUCAGAGUCGUUCGUGAUCGAUCCGACCUCCCCUAAGAUUGGACUUGUCUAUGAUGGACUUGGGAGCGACCCAAACAAGAACUGCUCGGACAACUCGACUUUUGGCGAAGACAGUCAGUGCUCUUCUCGUGACUUUAAGGAAACGGAUGUGGACUACACCAAUAAUACGGGAGAGGUACACGCCAGAUGGCUUGACUUCCUCGACGACGAAAGCGACAUCGUAGAGUACUUCUGGUGUGUAGGAUCUAGGCCCAUGACAGACGACAUUCGGCAAUGUGAAAGUACGGGAUUGAGGCCAAACGGAAGUCAUUACGGUCUUAACUUUGGGCAGGGUGACUAUUACUACGUAACAGUUGUAGCCUGCAAUGGAGCUCGCAGAUGUUCUGCCGCUCACAGUGAUGGCGUCACCAUAGAUACCACACCACCUGUGAUGAAUUAUGUCAGGGAUGGAAUUAUGGGGCCUGAUAUGGAUUUUCAGGUCUUCGUUGAUAUUAUCUUUGCCUAUUUCUCUGCAAGUGACCUUGAAAGUAAUGUGACAUCAUAUGAGGUUGCUUGGGGAACUGCCCCUGGUUUAACGGAUGUCAAGGAGUUCGAGGAAGUUACGAACACUACCAUAUGGCUAGCUAAUUUCAAAGACGACGCACUUGGCGUAGGCAAUAUAUAUUAUGCCACUGUUCGUGCUACAAAUGGAGCUGGCCUACUGUCGGAAAGGCUGUCGUCCAACGGAAUCGUCGUCGGCAAGUCAGAAUAUAUUUUUGAUAACGCAACUAGUGCUGAGUUUUUCUUUGAUACUGUGAAUGUUAAAGAAGAUGGUACUCGCAAGGAUGGAGGAGUUGGAAAGACAUACGGGACAUUGACUGUACCUGAAGGUGCUGUCAAGGAACAGGUGAAGUUGAGAUCGUACAGUUUGGAUGACAAAACAAUGGAUACAAAUAAGACCGACGAGGGUCCCGUUAGUAACCCUACUUACACCAGGCCCAAGCAAUUCAUGCUUGGGAAUUACAGUUUCGUCAUCAAAGCGUUAGACCCACAGGACAACACAGUGAAAGAAGGCUUUAAAUUUUCUAAGCCAAUCACAAUAGCCAUGUUCUACGACGUUGAUAACCUGGUGAAAGCCAACAGUAAGCACGUCAAUAAUGAAGUCACCAAAGAAGACAUAGACCCUGUGUUGUAUUUGUGGGAUUCGAAGAAUGACAGCUGGUUUGAUGCGGCUCUCACGUGCCCUCAGCCCUGGAGUCACGUGAACAAGUCGAUCAAACUGCUAACAGUGCGAGUCUGUCACCUGACUCAGUUUUCAUUCCUUUGGUCAUUCUACGCUCAAAAUGGUUUGGUGCUACUUGAUAAAAACAAUUCAAUGUAUAACGAAGAUGGAGUAGUAAAAGUUACCCGCUCCAGACACGUCAAAAAACUGGAAUUUCCAUUACGAAGAGCGAAAGGUUCCCAGGGCGACAUAACAGUACAAUGGUCUUUGUACCAAAACGAUUCAUCAGACAGUAUGGAGAUCGUGUGGCCGAAAUCUGGAGAAGUGUUUUUUACAGAUGGACAGUGGACUGACUCGUUUAUCAUCAACAUCGACAACGACGAAGAAGAAGGACAGCAGAGCGUAGUGUGGGUCCAACUGGACGAGGCUACAGGUGGUGCCGUUCUUGCAUCACGUGAUCAAACUACAACCAAGAUUUUAAUAACAGGAAAUGAAAAGAAGAGUGGGGCCUGGAGAUGGAUUGUGACUGGGGUCUGUUUGGGGGUGCUUUUGAUUUUUGUUGGUGCUCUUGUGUAUUGGCUACGCAAAAGGAAACAAGAAUCGCAGAGGAAUGUGAGCAGCAGAACUGAGAUUGAGGUUCCGUCCUGUAGUUCAAUGCUUAGAGAACGAGGCUUGGCUGGUGAACAGAUGAAUUCUAGCGAUGUGGAUCCACCGAAACCGGUCCCGAAAACUGUUUCAGUAAUGUAUGGUGGUGGUACUGAGACACAGCCUGUCUCUCCCAAAGAAACACACGGGGCCGUGUCUCCUCUGUCGUGCAUCCCGGAGAAACGUCUUGCGUGGUGCCUGGAACAGACUAGUGCCCAGGAAACGAGCAAUCUUAGCACUAGUGGAGAGUCAGUACUGCAUAGAGGAAGCGAUAGCGCGCAGCGAUCAGAUUUUGGAAAGAAGAAAAGGAGGAAACCCAUUUUGACAAACCGCCGCAGCAAGACCUCAAAAGACAAGUACCAUGAUGGCCAUGAACUAGUCCUUACCCCGGUAAGCGGCGAUGAUGAAAUGGAAACCUCUUUCUCGUCCUUUCAAAUGAGCGAAAUGGGACGGACCAACCCCCUCUAUCCCCCUCUAUACCCCUCUAUCCGAGGAAACGAAACAGAUAUAUAGAAGGACGACGAAAGGAAAUCGAGUUGGCAGCCAGGAUGGGUCUUUAUUCAAGUGAAACCAUCCUCCGACCAGAAAACUAGACACUCACAAAAUACGGUAGUGGAUUCCAUGAUGACAUCCGUCGAAGGCAACGAAAAUUGAAGACAAGAAAAUAAAAUAGGACAACGUAAUGUAGCACUUUGUAAGCAAGAGAAGCUUCUACCUAAUUCACAUAUAUUGAUUUUUCAUUUGGAAGUUCUUUAUAAUUAGAUUCUGAUUAACAAAGAUAGUACCGUUCCUUACACUGCCUUUAAGGACAAAUUCAAAAUACUGCGUUAAAGAUUUACACUGCUUAAUUGAUUUUUUAAACAACUCGAACAGUUUGAUUUUCCUUCAUUAUAAGAGAAAAAUUGUAGUUGAUAAAACAGGAACUAAGUUAUUCAUUAGUGUUCCUCAGUUUGAAACUUUUGUAAAGUACUUAUGAGAAUUCAACUUAGAGUAAAAAGUGCAAACGCUUGGUGCUGUUAUAAAUAACAAAUAAAGCUACUUUUAAUGAAUGCUGUUUGCGGAUCUAGCACACAUAGAAUUAUGCGAAAUAUUUCGAAAAAAAAGAUAGCAAGAGUGAGAGAUAGAAAAUACAGUCUUAAUUUUAAAACGGAAGCGAAACAUUUGAUCCAAUCUAGGGCCGUACUGAUUGCAAAUUUCAACGUUUUAUCUAAACCCGAUUUCCGCCACCCAACCUCUCGAGCCUGGUCUUCGAACAUAACUUCAUAGAGAGAGAGAGAGAGGAGCGCGGGCACAUUUCCCAAAAAGCGGCAGGUAAUUGAGCUGACACUCUCGAGGUCUCAUUAGCAAUUCUCCCUUCUACCUGCAACAUACUUCCUCUAAAUGGUUUGGAGAAUUCACUCGAAGGUCAUAGCUUUCCUUGUGCUCCGCCCCUGGAAAUUACAUGUCAAGCUGAAUCACAUACGCAUUUUGGUUGGUGCUUAAUUACUCUCUUUUGGAGGACAGAUGCAUAAAUGAUCUCACCAGUAACAACAUUUUUUUCUCUCAUCAGUCAGAUUUCUUUUCUUUCUCCCUCUAUGGCUUUAUUUUUCUACCGUGAGUCCAAUUGUGAGUUUCUUUUUUUCCGAUUUUUGUUUAAACGACUAGAAACUUUAUGCUUCUGACAUAACUGUUGGUCUUUCUUUUCCACUGUGCUUGGCAAACUUGCAAAUUAAUGUGGGGAUAUACAUGCAUAUUCAUUUAACAAAUGAUUCGGAGAAGCAUUUGAACUGAUUGUUUCAAAAUAAAUUUAAUUUGGGCUGAUUAUUAAUUUUUUAACUUUGUCAGGUAUUCACCUGUCCAGAAGUUCUUUCAGAGACCAGGUUUGCCAUUAGAAGCCAGUAGGCGACAGAAACCUAUCGGCUGUCAGACCAUUUUGCGCAGGCUAAUCUAGGAAUUGUGAUCAAACCAAGAAAAUAAGUAUUUUUGAAUGGAUUCUAACAUCAAUGUCCGGCUAAAAUAAGUUACAC